AUGUAUAUCGGUCAUUUCGCAAUCGCCGUCCUCGCCCACGCAUUACUGCGCGACGUCCAUGCCCUACCGUUACUAUUGGGUACAAGCUUCUUGGACCUUCUCGACGGGCUUCUCGCCUUCCCCGGAGUCACGCAAGUCCGUGCCAAUGCCAACGCCGGUCCUUAUCUCUUCUACGACCUCAUAUUCAUCGACUGGGAUCACUCUCUUUCCGCCGCUGCUUUCUGGUCCCUCGUCUGCCUUCCCUUAUGUCUCGCUGCCGGAUACGAACAGCGCACAGCCUUAGCUACAGCGGCAGUCUGCCUCUCUCACUGGCUCGCUGACUGGCCGAUGCACAAUCACGACCUCGCACUGUACCCCCAUUCGGAACGACACUUUGGCGGCGCGCUCUGGAGCCGCCUCGGCACCUGGUCGUGGAUUCUGGAAGGAUUGCUCAGCGCGCUGUGUCUAAUCUUUGCGGCCCGGCAGCGACAGAUGAGCAAGUGGGUUCCUGUCACGUUCGCCGUACUGUUCCUUCAGCUUUCGCCAUGGGCAGCUCCGACACAGUUCGCCGCCAGCCUCUCGGGAAAUGCCGCCAGCCGUCUGUACGGCGUGCUCAUCGUCCUUGGCUUUAUCGGCCCCUCCUUGCUCCUGGCCAAGCUGCUUGGUGACACCCCCGAGCCCUCUGCCAAGCAGAAGAGCUCGUAA